GAUAAAAUCGUUAGUCACAUUAUUUUAGCUUUAAGAAACGAAAAGUGUAAUUCCAGAUAACACAACUCUUUCCGCAAAAAGGCCCAAAUUCCAUUUUUCCUUUUUUAUUUUUUUUCAUUCUCUUUCCACAAAUUUGAAGAUCCAGCUUAUAUCAAUUCCACCAGAUCUAUACUAUAAAGCCAUGGAUUUCAUGAAAGUUCUUGAUCAAGCAGUUCGAGAAAUAAAGAGAGAGGUUAAUAUCAAAGUUCUUAAAGUUCCUGAAAUGGAACAAAAGGUUUUGGAUGCAACAAGUGAUGAACCUUGGGGUCCUCAUGGAACUGAUCUGACCGAGAUAGCACAAGCAACUAAAAAGAUUACUGAGUGCCAGAUGGUUAUGAAUGUGCUUUGGUCAAGAUUGUCAGAUAGGAACGGAAACUGGCGCUAUGUUUAUAAGGCACUGACUGUUAUCGAGUAUUUAGUGGCGAAUGGGUCUGAACGUGCACUUGAUGACAUCAUAGGACAUACUUUUGCAAUAUCAUCACUAUCAGAUUUCGAAUUUGUCGAGCCUAAUGGAAAGGACGUGGGUAUCAAUGUGAGAAAAAAGGUGGAAACUCUUACGGCUCUUUUACAUGAUAAUAACAAAAUACAAGAAGUUAGAAAUAAAGCUGCUGCAAACCGUGAUAAGUACGUUGGCCUUUCUUCAUCUGGAAUGACAUAUAAAUCAAGUUCGGCAGGAUAUGGUGGCAGCAGCUUCCAGCAAAGUGACCGAUAUGGAGGCUUUGGUAAUAAAAGAGAUGGGGAGAUGUUUAAGGAUAGUUACAGAGACAGGGACCGUCUCGGAGGAGAAGAAUCUAGCAAAAGUAGUCGUGAAAAGUCACGUAGAGGAGUUUCUGGUGAUGGUGAAGGAAAAAACUCGAAAAAGGGAUCCAUACGCCAGGGAAGGGACAAAACUGCUUUGUCGUCAUCGUCAAAGUCAAAUCAAUCUGAUGAUAAUUAUGGUGCCGUUCCUUCCCAAAGCUCAGCCACACCAAACAACGCUGAAGAUGAUUUUGAUGAUUUCGAUCCUCGAGGAACUUCCACAGCUGGAUCAGCAGCUACACAGCCUGCACCUGCAACUGUUACCGAAGUGGAUUUGUUUGGUGACUUCAUGAGUGAUCCAAUACCUACUACAGCAGAGUCCAAUGCCACAAAUAGGAAUUCUGCAGCUGACGCUGAUCUGUUUGAAGAUGCAGAUUUUGUUUCAGCCCCUCCCAAGUUAGAAGCUGGAGCAGAUUUUCCGGCUCAGACCAAUGUUGAUCUCUUUGCAGCUGCACCUUCUGUUCCUUCAUCUCUUGCUCCUCCAAUGGAUUUUUUCGCUGCUCCUGAUCCAGUCCCACCCACAGACAACAAUCCUGCAAAAUCUGAGCCAAUGAGUUCCAGUACUGUCGAUCCUUUUGCUGCAAUACCAGUUAAUAAUUUUGAUGGAGGUGACAUCUUUGGGGAUUUUACUUCCAAUACCAAUCAGCAAGCGCCUUCACAAACAGCAAAUAACUCCACCACUGAUAGCAUCCUUAACAGUCAGAGUCCUUCAGCCGAAUCUAAGCUACCGAAGAAGAAUUCGUUUCAGGUCAAGUCUGGAAUUUGGGCAGAUUCAUUGAGUCGUGGUCUCAUCGAUCUCAACAUCACAGCUCCUACUCCGGCAAAGACAAAUCUAGCAGAUAUUGGAAUUGUUGGUGGACUUGGUGACAUGUCAGAUGAGACCAAAGGAGCUCAAACUUCACAUUACAUGGGAAGAGCAAUGGGCGCUGGAUCUGGUUAUGGUAUGCCUGGCUCAGGUUAUGGCACGUCAAGUUCAGGCUCUGGUAUGUCCGGGUUUACUUCCACAGGAACUGGAAGCGUCAACGACGAUGACUUCUUCUCAAGCCUAAGCCAACCCCAAACAUACGGUAGCUUCAAGAAAUAAGUUGUUUUCUUUUUCUUUUCACCUUAUAAUUCUUUUUUUUUUGCUUCCCCAAGAAAUCACUUUCUUUUGGUGUGCUUCAAUUUCGUUUUAGUGAUACAUCAAACUAUUUACUCUGGAAGGAGAUAUAUCCAUUUAAAGCCAUGUAUAAGAUUUGUUGGUCAAAUUAUUAGUAUGUAAAACCAUAAGAGUAAACCCGAACUUCGAGGAAUCGUGUAUCCAUCAAUUGUAAUUUGUAAGUGAUUUGCUUGAGAUAUUCGAGGAAUCAACAAGAAAUAAUUUUUUUGAUAAACACAAUACACCCUUUCGA